CUUUCGAAUUGUCCACCAAAGCGGAUGCCACAGAUCUAGACUAACAAUAAAAAAUACCCUUAAAAACAAAAACAACAACAAUUUACAAUUGCAAACAACAAGAACAACAAAAGCAACAACUAUAGCAACAGCUCAAUAUAAUAAUUUUCGCUGCAAAAAAAAAAGUUAUGUAUGUCGCUUUUUAAAUCGUUUUUGUAUGCAAAAAAAAAAAAAUAAUUCAUCGGCUGCGAAAGUUUAUUCUCCUAAAUGCUUGUCCUGGCGUGUCCUGCCAUUGGCUUGACUCAACUUGCUGCCCUUGUUUUUUUUCCCCACAGUUUUUCUUGCUGCGAUUUUUUUGUCUUUGCACAACAAACGCAUCACAAAAACAAUUAACAACUCGAGCUCGCGAUAUUCAAAGGCAACAAUAACAAACAAUUGGCAGAAUCCUGCAUACCCACAAGAUGGCCUAAAGGCAACGUUUCAGCCACACCCCGUAUUAACAAGGCCAAAAGGGUCGACAAGCUAUGCAGCUGCUGGCCACCACUGAGAGUCAUCUGUUAGCAAAAUUUGAAUUUAUGUAGCACAUCACAUAAAUCACAAAACAGCCUCAGAAAACACAUUUCUGUAAGACAGCAGCUGAAAAGAGCGGGGGAGAGAGAGAGCGAGUGAAAGAGAUAAAGCUAGUGGAAAAUAGCAUGCAAUUAGCAACAACAACAACUGUGCCACAACAUGGAUAAGAAAUCAAAAACAAAAUCUAAAACGAAAGGCCUUAAGGCAAACAAGGAGUCAAGCACUAAACUUGAUGUGGAUCUAUGGGAGCAAAAUGAGGAUCGUUUCACCAGCUGUGAAUUUAAUACGGAGCGACGAGCCAACAAAUUGCCACACAACAACAAGGCAGCUUCGGCAUCCGGAGCAGGUGGUGCUAAUGUUGGUGUUGGUGUUGGUGUGGUAUGUCCUGGUAAUGCGACGGCAUUAACAUUGACAGCUUCGGGGUCAGCUUCAGGCAAGGAGGUAACAACGCCACAGCUGAGCACCACGCCCACAGCCAUAAGCAUUGCAGGAUGCGCCUCUGGAACAGCGCUGGUCACCCUUGACUCGGAUGCGGUGACCAUUGAGACAACCGAACCGGAACGCGGCAACUGGACGGGACGCUUUGAUUUUCUGCUCUCGCUGUUGGGUUACUCUGUGGGACUGGGCAACGUCUGGCGAUUUCCCUACCUGUGCUAUAACAAUGGAGGCGGCGCCUUUCUUAUACCCUUCACCAUAAUGCUUAUCAUAGCGGGUCUGCCGCUGAUGUUCAUGGAGCUCUCCUUUGGCCAGUAUGCUGCACUUGGUCCAGUGGCCAUCUAUCGUCGAUUCUGUCCGCUCUUUCGUGGACUGGGCACCGGCAUGAUUAUUGUUUCGGCCAUUGUUAUGCUGUAUUAUAAUCUUAUCAUUGCCUGGACCAUUUUCUAUAUGUUCGCCUCGUUUCGCACCCAGCUGCCGUGGCAGAAUUGCGAGCCCGAAUGGAGCACAGAGAAUUGCUUCUCCUACGUAUUGGCGGAUCAGUGUGAGGCUCUCAAUGGAACAUACUACCUUCGCAAAUGUUACAAUGCCACAUUUUCCGAGGAGCACAAUAUUACCGAAAUGGCACUGCAUGCCCUAAAACGUCCACCAGCCGAAGAGUAUUUCAACAACUACGUCUUGGGACUGUCUUCAGGUAUUGAAGAAACGGGCAGCAUUAAGUUUUCCUUGGCCGCAUGUCUUUUGAUUGCCUGGGUGAUUGUCUUUCUGUGCCUUUGCAAGGGUGUGCAAUCGUCGGGCAAGGUAGUCUACUUUACGGCAUUAUUUCCGUAUCUGGUACUCGUCAUACUCUUCUUCCGGGGCGUAACAUUACCAGGUGCUAGCACGGGCAUAUUGUUUUAUCUGACGCCAGACUGGAAGCAACUGGCCAAUGCUCAAGUAUGGGGAGAUGCCGCUGUGCAGAUAUUCUUUGCAUUAAGUCCUGCCUGGGGUGGUCUCAUUACAUUAUCUUCAUACAAUAAGUUCUCCAAUAACUGUUAUAAGGACUCACUUAUUGUGGCCUUUUGUAAUAUUGCCACUUCAUUCUUUGCUGGACUGGUGAUAUUUUCAAUUAUUGGGUUUCUGGCUCACGAGCUUGAUGUGGAGGUUAAAAAGGUUGUGGAUCAGGGUGCUGGAUUGGCUUUCAUUGUGUAUCCGGAGGUGGUUACACGUCUGCCCAUCUCACCAGUCUGGUCGGUGCUGUUCUUUGUCAUGCUGCUCACUCUUGGCUUAGAUUCGCAAUUUGCUCUGAUGGAAACUGUAACUACUGCCAUUUUGGAUAAGUUUCCGAAUCUGCGACAAUACAAAACUUGGGUUGUACUCUUUGUUGGCAUAUUUGGUUAUAUCGGUGGCUUAGGAUUUACUACAAAUAGCGGAAUGUACUGGCUUCAGUUAAUGGAUAAAUAUGCUGCCAAUUGGUCCGUGCUGUUGAUAGCCAUAAUGGAGUGUGUGCUAAUCGCCUGGAUUUAUGGAUCGCAGCGUUUUCUUAAUGAUAUACAGGGCAUGAUUGGCAAGCGUUCACGUUUAUGGAACUGUUUCUGGGGCGUUAUGUGGCGCUAUAUAACGCCAGCAACACUCCUGUUCAUUCUGUUCUUCAACUGGGUGGAGUAUAAGCCCGCUCAGUAUGGUCAUUACGUGUAUCCCAUGUGGGCGGAUGCUGUUGGCUGGAUUGUAGGUCUUUUGCCGGUCUUUGUCAUAUUUGUGGUGGGUGUGCAGCAAGUCUGCAAGGCUCCUAAGCAUUUGAGCUUCAAGGAUCGCCUGAAGCAUCUGUUGCGACCCACAGCCGAAUGGGGACCCGCUGGUCGACCCUGUGUCAAUUUGCAUGCUGAGCGUUAUCAGAGUCAGAACUACGAUGGAGUAACCAACACUCAAAUACUGAUAAGUGGAGCACCUUUGGAUGUGAUGCCAUAUGAGGAUGCAGAAAAUGGUGGCAAUGCCAACGAUAAUGGGAAUGGCAAUGGCAAUGGCAAUGGGAACGGCAAUGGCAAUGGCAAUGGCAGCGACAAUGGCUAUCGGGAUGAUGCAAUGCAACUCUGAGAGCGAGUUAGUGCAUCCUCGUCUGCGAUGGCCAGCGUUGACACUAAUGUGCCCUUGGCAGCAUGUAAGGUGAGGAUACCAGGUCCGAGCAUAUUGAAAACAUCCACCAGACACAGCAGCAACAACAGUCAGCAAACACAACCCGAAAACGGUCGCCAUAAGGCGUUACCGGAAGUGAGUGCCAGCAAACAGCCGCUUAUCGAAGCGGAUAGUGUGCAUUUGCCAACUGCCAAGAAACAAGCUACGCCAGCAACACCAUCAGCCCCAUCAUCAGCAGCAGCAACAGUUGCAGCCACCACAAAGGUGUUGUCCACAGGCACGAUGAGCAGCGGACGAGAGUGCAACACAAUGUCCUCUUUCGCUGCAGGAGAUAUGGUUAUGCCCCAGACAGCAGCAGCACCUGUUGCCAGCACACAAGUGAGAGCACCAACAACAACUAGCAAUAUUGCUGCUGUGCCAGCUGGCUCCAAGCCAAACACAGCAUUAUCUACUUUUAUGCCAACCACAAAGCCAAUAACAACUGCUGUUGCUGGUAAUACCAGCAAAAUGGCAGCAACAGAUGUAAAUGUGUGUGUUGCCAACACAACAGCAAUCAAUGGCAAGGUUGCCGAAACUGCCACAACUGCAGCAAUUCAAAACUCACAUAUUGCAACCACAAUAAACGUGUCGACAAAAUUGCAGCCAAGUGUAACUGUUGCUAAUAAGACAAUGCAGCCAGCGGUAACAGUUGCUGCUGUCAAAACAGCAACAUCAAUGACAGCCGCUGAUAACUCACAAAUGAUGUCAACAAAAAUAGCUACAACAAUAUCACAGCCAGCUGCAACUGCUGCUGCCAAAACUGUAGCUUUACCAGCUACAACUGUUGCUGCUAUAUCAGCAAUAAGUGUCAAUGUUGUCAGUACAACUGCUGCUAAAAAGCCUCAAUCAGUCACAAUGUCAACGGCUGCCACAAAACCAACAGCAGCUUCAUCAACAAAAGCAACACCUACAGCACCAAUUGUUGCCACAAUAACAACAGUUGCCGCCAGCAAAACGAAAGCUUCAAUUCAAAAUGCUGCAACUACCAAAGCAGCAUCUGUUGUCCCGACAGCAACAGUUGUCGCCAGCAAUACGUCAGCUUCAGCUCAAAAUGUUGCAACUACCAAAGCAGCAACUGUGACAGCAACUGUUGCUUCAACAACCACAACCAUAGUUGCCGCCAACAAGUCACCAACUGUUGCCACAACAACUACAGUUGUUGCCAGCAAUGCGUCAGGUUUGGUUCACAAAGUUGCAAUUACUAAAUCACCAACAGUUGCUGCCAGCAUUACUUCAGCCGCCAUUCAAAAGGUUGCAACUACAAAAGCAGCAGCCAACCAACCAACCACAACGGCUGGAAAAGCUGCAUCUGCAACACCAACAGUAGCUGUUACAGCAACAACAUCCGUAAAGAACGCGGUCCACAAGUCGGUAGACAAACCGGCAACAGGCACAUCAGCAACAUCCAAGUCGACAACAUUAAUUGCAGCAAUAUCAAAGCCAUCAACAACAACAACAUCAACAGCAAAGGCCACAACAUCAACAGCAGCAACAACAUCGUCAACUUUCAAGCCUCAAACAAACAAGACACCCACAACGACAGCAGCCAGCAGCAACAUGUCACCAGAGAACAGCAAAACAGCAACGACAACAAAGCCAACAACCACAAGCCCAACAAAGACAACAAGUAAAACCAUAAAAACAACAACUGGCUCAAGUAUGACAGCAGCAGCAACAAGCAAAUCAUCAGUAACAUCAAGUAAAACGAAAUCACCUGCAAAACCUAAGAAAUAAACUGGAUGCAAAUCUCAAAGCCGCUCAAAACGUAGUUCCAAUAAUGAACACUAUUUUUCUAAGUACGUAUAUGUAUUGUGUAAGAAGUCGAGCUAAGCGAUAAGUCGUUGUUAAACUAAUAUAUAUAUGUUAUAUUAAUAUAGAUGUUUAUAUAGAAUACAGAUUUUAUAAAUAUUUAUUUUGAUUAUAUACUAUUACUUUGGCAGCGAACAAAAAUAAAAAGUGACGGAAUUUUGCAACAUUUUUGAGAACUUUAAUAGUUACCAGAGAACUACUGACGAACAUUUGCCAAAAAAUAAAUAUAAAAUUGUUUCCUAAAAGCAGACUUAAACAAUGAAAUGAAAUCAAAAACGCAAAAAACCAAAAUACUUCAAUGUUUCCUAGCAAAUACACUUAACAGUAGUAUUCACCACAAAUGUACCUACAUAAUAACUAUAUUGUAUAGUUCCUUACUAUCUGAUUUGUGCGCUCUAUAUUCAUUAUGUUGCAUUAGCAUUAUGUUAAAAAACUCAUUGCAAUUACCAAAAAAGUUAACGUAGUUGUUAGAUAUGCAUUAAAUUAAUUGUUCAAAAUGUCUCGUUUGAUUGUUGUGCGAAA